GGUGACUCUGAACAGAACAAACGUCUCUCCAAAAAUCUCAUCAGCCUUCCUGGCAGCAAUCUCAUCAGCAUUCCUGGCAGCAAUCUCAUCAGCUUCCUGGCAGCAAUCUCAUCAGCUUUACUUAGCUGCAGCUCUAGUUACGGAGGGACGCUUUCACACCUGGAUGUCAUCAGAAUCUCAGCUCACAGGGCCCCUUAUUCACCAUGCUCCAAAACAUGGCUUCUCUCUUUCCUUCCUGUUCUCUCCAACUCUGUGUGCAAAAAAACCCCACCUAUUCAUGAAUAUACAAAUAUCUAUGCAGUUUGA